AUGACGAUGGAGGAAACAGACAUCAAAUUUCAGACUGACAUAUCCUCAGAGCAUGAUGUGCAAAUGGGAAACUUCGCACUUGAUCCUGUGCGGGAAAAGAAGCUCUUGUGGAAGCUUGACCUCUGCAUUUGCCCUCUGGUGAUGCUCAUUUUUUUGGUUGCAUACCUUGAUCGCAGCAACCUAGGAAAUGCAGCUGUUGCAGGCAUGCCAGAAGACAUUGGUCUGGUUGGAAAUGAACUAGGAAGUGAGGCAACUCCAUAUCGUGCUCCGGAAGUAGUAGCUAACAAAUGCAAAUCAGAUGCCGUCUCUUUGUUUUAUGCGACCUACGUCUUUUUCGAGAUUCCAUUUUCAAUGCUUCUCAAGAAGCUACGCCCAAACAGAUUGAUAUCCGCGUUGAUUAUUGGCUUCAGUGCAUCAGUCCUUGCUGGCGGCUUUGUCAAGAACGUUGCAGGGCUUUAUAUCACUAGGCUCUUCCUUGGUGUCUUUGAGAGUGGCCUUUUCCCUUGCUUAACUGUGCUAUUGACCACAUUCUACAAGCGCGAAGAGCAAGCACAACGAAUAUCAUAUCUUUUUGUGUCUGCUGCUCUGAGUGGAGGAUUUGGUGGCUUGCUUGCCUUUGGCCUGGUCCGCUUGGACGGUGCAAGCGGGCUCGAAGGGUGGAGGUGGCUCUUCAUUGUGGAGGGACUGAUGAGUGCCGUCGUGGGCAUCGCCACUUUCUUCCUUCUUCCGAACAACUACGAAACCGCCUACUUCUUGAACGAAGAGGAUAAAGAGUUGAUGCGCAUGCGUAUGCAGCAAAAUGCCCGUUACGCUGAUUCCGAAGAGUUCGAUGUCAAGGAAGUAUGGAAAACACUCAGAGACCCUAAGAGCUGGCUCACUUCCUUCAACCAAAUUUGCGUCAACACUUGCUCCUUCGGCUUCAGCACUUUCUUACCGACAAUUAUUCGCGGAUUUGGAUAUGAUUCCGUCCGAACUCAGCUCCUUACUGUCCCGGUGUAUAUCUGGGCAUCGGCUUUCUACUUGGUUGUGGCCAACUUAUCUGACCGAGUUAGCAUGCGAGCUGUCUUCAUGGUCCCGUUAUGUCUAGUAACGGCCGUCGGAUAUGCUUUGAUGCUGGGAGUGGAUGUUCAUGCGCGUGGUCCCCUUUAUUUUGCAACAUACGUUUGCGUUACUGGAAUUUACGCAGUUGUUGGCCUUGGAGUUAGUUGGAACGCUAACAGCCAUUCGGGUUACUAUAAACGUGCCAUGGCAGUGGGUCUUCAGCAGUCUAUCGGAAACUGUGCAGGUUUAAUUGCUGGUCAAAUCUACAAGUCACCGGUGAACGGGCGCUAUGUAACUGGGCAUUCCGUUUCACUUACUACGAUCUGUCUUGCAUUCUUCGGAAACGCAGGAAUGUGGAUGCUGCUACGAUACCACAAUACCAAGCGAGCUCAGAUGUCACCGGAGGAGAGGGAGAGGAUUGUCAGCUCAGGGUCAUACGAGAAGAAAGGUGGAGACUUCCAUCCAGACUUCCGCUAUAUCCUGUGA